CAUAGUAUGUCAAAGAUGGCGGCCUGAUAACCACAAACAGAAUGUCAAAAAGAAAUCUUCCAAAAGUUAUGGCAAAAUGGAACCUAUAACAACAUAAAAUGGCUCAUACUGAUAACUUGUAUGGUAACCAGGGUCUAAGCCGUAGAUGGGUCUGGAAAGAAGAAACAAACACUCUAGAAGCUGUAAUUACAAACCCCAAUCUUGUUGAAAGACCUGGUAACUUCUCUACAAGUGCCGCAAAGUCCAAGCGCAAUAAAGGCCAGUUAGGAAUUCAUUUCCAGUCAGAUUACAGCAAGAAAAAUGACAGGGGUACUCCAUCUGUCAUGUCCAGGAAUGUGGGCGUGGCUGGAGUUGGUUCUCGCCGAGGGCAAGCAUACCUACUGGGACAGAGAACAGGUAACAUGAAGGGGUCUUCUCCUCGACCAAGCAUAAAGGCAGGAACAAGUGAGCAUUUAUCUAUAACUUUAGAUGACGUCAAGAGUGUUGCAUUUGAUUCUCUUCCUGAUGUUGAUUCUUUGCCAGAGGUCUUUCAGAGUGCUUGCAGCACUGAACAGUUUGAUGAAUUCUUGCUGGCAGUUUUGAACUAUUUUGAUGCCUUCUUUGAGAGACUCGCGAUAGAAAACAAACCCAAGCCCAUGGCAGUUGAACCAAGUCUUGCUGAGAUGAAAGCCUUAGCAACAGCCAUAGCAAAGGAAGAAGCUGCUCAGAAGUUACUGUCCAAGAGCUACUGCGUCAUGGUACUUGGGUUGGGUCUAGAGGAUCAGCACCACAUGGCAUGUGGAAGGUCUAGAGUCUCCAGCACGGCGAAGGACGGACAUCUUUACGAGUUUUUAUACAGAUUUUCAUCUUAUGUGACAUACAUCACAUUCCGUCGACAACAUUUGGACCUCAUUCACAAAGAACUAGGAAGGAUGUUCAGGUCAGAAACAUUCAAUCCAGCUGGAAGACCCAAGGAAAUCAAAGAGGUGUACGCCAUGGAUAGGCUGAGGGACAGCAACAAAAAACCUUUGACCCCAGCAGAAUAUCGACGCCUCAAGCCAAGACGCCCGGCCAUCAAGUCUAUAAUCAACCAACGAUCGCCAGUCCUUGUAUCACUUUUUCCAUCCUCUAAAGAAGCUUCUCCCUGGUUCCUUGACAGAACCAAGGCUAUUCCAGUGUCUGCUGAUGAACUUCCUAACGACGACGACAAAGAAUCUUUAGUUCUAAAGGCAAAGGUUGGAAUUAUCGGAGAAGCCAUGUCAGGCUUUAAUCCAUUAACACUUGCACCAUUUGGAGAGGAGGAACACGACGAAACAGGGGAUGAUGAAGACGAAACAGGAGAAGGUCGUAGAAAAUCCUUAGCAGGUGAUGACACGAGCAUUCCACCACAAGGAUCAAAUAAUGGUGCCUCUCCCGAAGAAGAACAAGAUGAACUAGAAGAGCAAGAGUGAUACGAAACUACAAACUCAGUGUUUUCAAAGUCUAUCGUUCUAAAUGAAUUUACCACGCACGCAAUGCAAAUGCAAACGAAUGCAAACGCCUGAACAGAUUUCAGGAUCUAUUGCAGCUUUCCUUCCAGUAUGUUGCUAUUGGGCUAUACCGCGUUAUUUGUGACGGUCUGCAGAGGAGACUACUAACACGAAGACCACUCGUGACCUCUUAACGGUUUAGAGGAAGAGAAACAAUUCUAUCUUCUCAGUUUCACAUUUGAUAAUCAGAGAAAGGAAAGAAAGAAACCAGAACAGAAAUUAAAAACAUAUGUAAAAUAAGAAGGCGAAAAGGAACUAGAAAACGAGAUCGUAAGAAUAAAUGUAAAUCUACA